UAUCCCUCCUCCCAAACGCUUCCCAGGUACACAGCAGAUCCCAGUGAUGAACUUGAGGGCAGACCCCGCUGUGGAAGCAGCUGGGCUUGGAAGACGCCGCUGUGGACCCACCAGGAGAAUUCAAGCCCAAUCAUUGUGCAAACAGGAUAUUCGCUUGUGUCAGGAAGAUCAAACAAGCCUUGAGGUUUUUCUUCACAGCCUCCGCCUGCCUUCUUCGCCGCCGAUCUCACCUUAUCUGGUCCUUGCAGUGAGCAGGCGCCUCUUGCCCAGUAAGCAGGAAGACAUGGCUGCUGGGGAGACACAGCUCUACGCCAAGGUCUCCAACAAGCUCAAGGGCCGUAACACCUCCUCGCUCCUGGACCCCCUCCUAGCCAUGGGCUUCCCCACACACACCGCGCUCAAAGCGCUCGCAGCCACAGGGAGGAAGACCGCAGAGGAGGCUGCGGACUGGCUGCAUGGCCACGGCAGUGACCCUUCUCUGGAUGACCCCAUCCCCCAGGAGUACGCCCUCUUCCUCUGCCCCACAGGGCCCUUGCUGGAAAAACUCCAAGAGUUCUGGAGGGAGAGCAAGCGCCAGUGUGCGAAGAACAGAGCUCAUGAGGUCUUCCCUCACGUGACACUCUGUGACUUUUUCACGUGUGAAGACCAUAAGGUGGAGUGUUUGUAUGAGGCUCUGAGGCGUGCAGGGGACAGGAUCCUGAGCUCCUUUCCUACCCUGGUUCCUCUUGUUCUCCAUUCUUCUAUCAGCUACCUCGGCUUCUUCAUCAACGACAGCCCUGCUGAUGUCAUCAGAGAAUUCGCCAUGGCGUUUGCCACGGAGGCAUCAGUCUUGGCAGACUGCACCGUCAAGCCCUGCACCAAGCAGCUGCACCUGACCUUGGCCCAUAAGUUCUACCCUCACCACCAAAGGACCCUGGAGCAGCUGGCCAGAGCCAUCCAGCCCAGCCACACCUGCCAGUGGACAGCUGCCCUAUACUCCCGAGACAUGCGUUUUGUGCAUUACCAGACCCUGAAGGCGCUGUUCCAGUACAAACCCCAGAAUGAAGACGAGCUGAUGCUCAGGCCUGGUGACUACAUCUUCGUGGACCCCACUCAGCAGGAGGAAGCCAGUGAGGGCUGGGCCCUCGGGAUCUCACAUCGGACUGGCUGCCGAGGCUUCUUGCCAGAGAACUACACAGAGCGAGCCAAUGAGGCUGACACCUGGGUUAAGCACAGGACAUAUACAUUUAGUCUAGCCAUGGACCUGAACUCUAGGAAGGAUGGCGAAGCCAGCAGCAGGAGAAAUGGAGAAUUCCACACCCCGUCAAUGUCAAGGAGCGUUAGUAGCAUACAGGCUUUGCAGGCUACCAUCGCGAGGAGAGGUGUGCUGGUAGUACGCCAUGGGGAGAGAGUGGACCAGGUCUUUGGGAAGUCUUGGCUACAGCAGUGCACUACCACCGAUGGAAAAUACUACAGGCCAGACCUGAACUUCCCCCGCAGCCUGCCCAGGAGGAGCAACGGUAUCAAAGACUUUGAAAAUGAUCCGCCCUUAUCAUCCUGUGGAAUUUUCCAGGCCAGACUUGCUGGAGAGGCUCUGCUGGACAGCGGCAUCCGAGUCACAGCGGUCUUUGUGUCUCCAGCCCUGCGCUGUGUGCAGACAGCCAAGCACAUCCUGGAAGAACUCAAACUGGAGAAGAGGCUGAAGAUAAGGGUUGAGCCUGGAGUCUUCGAAUGGAUGAAGUGGGAAGCCAGCAAGGCCACCCCGACCUUCCUGAGCUUGGAGGAGCUGACAGAGGCACACUUCAAUGUUGACCCUGAUUACAGGCCUGCGUUCCCCCGCUGCUCCCUCAUGCCAGCUGAGAGCUAUGACCAGUACGUGGAAAGGUGCGCCGUGAGCAUGGGGCAGAUCAUCAACACAUGCCCACAGGACAUAGGCAUCACCCUCAUCGUGAGCCACAGCUCAGCACUUGACUCCUGCACUAGGCCACUCCUCGGGCUCCCACCCAGGGAAUGUGGAGAUUUUGCCCAGCUGGUAAGAAAGAUCCCAUGUCUGGGAAUGUGUUUCUGUGAAGAAAACAAAGAGGAAGGGAAGUGGGAGCUGGUGAACCCCCCAGUGAAGACGCUGACACACGGUGCCAACUCGGCUUUUAACUGGAAGAACUGGAUCUCGAGCAACUGAGCCAACCCAAGCUUGUCGACAAGCCAUGAGGGGCUGUGAUUAGGACUACAAAGGCAUCCUAUCCCCUCGUCUGCCACGACUUGGAGAAGCACUAAAUACACUUGAUAUUCAGGGGUACCGCCAUGGCUCAUACCUUCAUCACAGUCAUCUGGUAGCUCUGCUACCCUGCCAGCCUGACUGUGGAAGCCACAGCAGAGGUCUGGAUUAGGACACCACAUUGCAACAUGUGUGCUGGGUUGGAGAGAACAGAGGAACUGCCUCACUUCCAGGAACUAAGGGCUCCCCACCCCCACGCCCGGAGAGGCUGCCUUUCUAUUUUGUAUGCUCUUAGGAGCCCUCCUUCCUUCUAUAGCAAUCGCUCUUUAGCCAGGGCCACACCAGCUGAAAGAGGAACAGCAGUCAAUCAAAGAAACGGCCCACCGGAUCAAAACCAGGGCAGCUGCUGGCACCAGCACCUGUGUAUUGGUUCUGUGUUGCUGCUGGAACACAUUUGCCAGAAACACAGUAAUGAUCAAGGCAGUGUAAAAUUCCUAAUGCACAUAGACCAGGGUGUGGUUCUGGAGGUCCGUGUGGGUUGCGUUCCCCUACAGAUUCUAGAGGGCCCUUCCCCAGCCAUUUCCAGAAUCUAGAGGCAUUUAUACUUCCUGCCGUCAUAUUUAUAAUGUUCUAUUGCAAAUCAGUUUGGGGAAGUUCUCAGGCAUGGUCGCAGAGCCCCUUCCCCGAAAGACCCUGUGGCAAGCUAUGCUCAGUAACCUAGAAUCUUCCUUGACAACCAUGCCUGCAAUGUCCCUUAGCCACAGAGGUCACAUGUUCAUGGUCCCAGAAUUAGGAUGUGGAUGUCUUUGAAGGCCAUUCUCCAGCCUGCCACAGCCUCUGUCCUUCUGAGCACA